AUGCCAGGAGAGCUUUUCCUGCAGAAUGAAACUUACAUCUGCGAUGACCGAAUCAUGUUACAGAGUUUGAAAGAUGACCCUGCAUCUAACGAGUGCUGCACUUGGUCAGAUCACCAGAUCGAAUGCGGCCAGUGCACGGGCGCAAUGAAGUAUCUAGGACUCACAAAGGGAAAAUGCAGCUGGGAUAGAACAUUUGGAGACAUAUACGAGUUCCCUUCAAAUGAUGGCAAAAAGUACGACACGAGCUUUUGCAACAUCAAGACUGACUUUGAUGAAGCGUCUCAGAUCUGCUCCUUACUUGGGGGAAGACUUUUCAAUGAGGAGAAGCGUCUAAUCUGCGAACUCUGCCAAGAAAAUGAUAUUGACUGUUCUUCAAACGCUAUUGCAUACGCUCUCAAUAUGGCCUUGGCCAAGUUUACAAAAAAUAUUCCACUAAAGCCUUCUAAUAAAGAUAUGGCGAUCGCAUUCGAUUACGGCGCGAAUCUUUUCAAAACUGUUCAGCUAGAGGAUAUUACUUCAGAGACCGAUGGAUUUAUCUGUGAGAGGCCUGAAUGGAGCUGCCAGUACGCAGGAUGCUCUCAUAUUUGCAACGAUGACGGAUUUUGCGAAUGCCCUACUGGAUACUAUCUUGAAGAUCGGACCACUUGCCGGCAAGAGGGAGCUGUUGAACGGGUUGAAUGCUUUAACUCCCACAUGGUGGCUUGGUUUAAAUCAGAAUCAGUCAGUUUUGAGACUGUAGUUGCCCUCAAUGAUCCAAACUGUGGAGACAAAAUUAGACAAGUUGGGAAUAUGCUCCGGGUCGAUGUUCCUCUCGACGGUUGCGGGACAACUCUUGAAUACGACGAGGAAAGCAAUUACCUUAUUUUCACGAACACCCUGAAAGCCGUUGUUGAUGAUUCCAAAUCGGUAUCGAUAAUGUCCCAAAUCGAUAAAACCUUUUCUUGUUCCUACGAAACAGUCUCGACUAUCGAUGAGAACUCUCUCAAUUUCAGUUCCGCAUCAAAGUCCCUCGAUGGAACUAAAGCAGGAUCAUUUGACUUCAAAAUAACGACUUAUUCAACCAGUUCUUUCCAAGAGAUGGACGCUGCCGCGCUGAAUCGAGUGGGAGAGACUUUGUAUUUCGCAGUGGAGCCGAUAAGUGCUCUAUCAAACCUUGUUUAUACAGUCAAUCAGUGUGAAGUCUUCAGCGAGGCUGGGCUCAGCUAUGAAUUGUUCAAUAUCAGCGAACAACGCGCGGACGAUUACGUGAAAUUGAGGCGAUUUCCUUUCUACUUCUCAGAUUCGCACGGUCCAACAUGUGCUGUUUCGUUGCAGGAUCGCUGGUCGUAUACAGUUUUUCAGUUUUAUGACCUUUCAAAUCCACUUAGUUCUGAUUUGCAGCAGCAAUUUCUGAAAUGCUCGGUAAUUGUUUGCAAGAAAGAGGAAGACAUGGACGAGCUUGCACUUGACUUCGAACGCGACUUCUUCACUUUGAUAAUAAGAUUAUCUCCCCAGAAGAAAAUGGACAAUAUUUCAAUUAGCGUGAAUCAGUCGCAUUUCUUCGAUUCUCCUAGUCAGUCCGAAUUGAUGGGUGCUCCCUUAAAUUACGAUUUAUCAAACGAUUACUACGAAGAUUAUUCCCUAGAGCAGAUGUUCUGUACAUUUUACCCAAUGGAGCUUGAUGAUAGCAGGAAUUUCUCUAAGAUCUGUUUUCCAAACACCAACAGCAGCAUCAUGGACAAUACGUGCCUCGAAGAUGAAACCAGGCGCAACAAAGAGCUUUUUCGGAAUAAGCUGAUACAGAAUAUCGUUAGAAUUCUCCUCGGUGUCAUUGGAACAUUUCUGAUUAGAAGCUCAUUUACUAAAUCUGCUCACAAAAUCUAUGUCCUGCAGAUUGCCGAGCGAUAUUUUGGAAUAAGCUCUGCAAUGGCACUAAGACCGCGCACGACAUCAAAAAUAAAAUCCGCCUCACUAAGCUUAGGAGCGUGGACGCUAUCUUUUAUAGUUGUUCUUCCGCUCUUGUUUGUCUAUCAACAUGCGAAUCACACUAACGAAAAUAAAAUAUCGGAGCGAUACUCAACUAUACAAACCUUAUCGCUGUGUUAUGAAAUAUACUACACUAUGGAAGCCGAAAACUUUACUUACUACCCGACAAUGAACCAAGAAUGUCUUGUUCCACUAUUAGAAUAUAUCAAUAAUGCUAAUUCAUCGGAAGAAAUUUGCGCAAGAGGGAAAUCUCUUUUUAACAAUGUUUCUCUGGAGAAGCUCAGCCCAGAAACUCUUUUAAAUCAAGAAUUCAAAUUGCAAGUUCUCGAAUCUGUUCGGGCGAUGAGUUCAUGCAAAUGCUCUCAGUCAAACAUAAUUCUGGACUGUGCUUCGGAAAGUGGCGCAAAUGGAGACUCUCUUGGUCGCAGCAUCCAACUAGUCACGUGCAUUUUCUUCGUUGUUGGACCUCUAGUACUCAUUUCCGUCUUCUACCUGAAGCUUAGCUGCAUGGUGGCAGGCCACACAACGAGAAUGAUGCAGUCUAUUCGAAAUGAACGAUCUGCGUCUCUGCUCAGCGGAAAAAGCAUCUCAGAGUUUGUCCGUAACCUUCCGAAGAAAUCGAAAAAGAAGACAUCCUUUGAAACAUCGAUGAAUAGGUUUUCAAAGGCUAAGUCUAGUGUCUACAGAAGUACCGUUUGGUACGUCGUGGCUCUACUUCUUUGA